AUGAGGCCAGUAAAAGAGCAAAAACGUAUCUUGAGAAAGCUGACAGGAUUCAGAAUGACCUGGAAAUCACCACUGGUAAUAGCAGGGCUCAGUGUCUCUCAAACCUGGCCGAUGUCUCGCGAAACAACGCGAUCCAGAGGAAAGCCCAAGAUAAAAGAAACUAUUCGCAUUCGAUUAAACGACUACAGUGAUGAGGACAUAUGCAGGGUCAUGCUUGGAGCUACAUACAACGAUAUGGCAGGUGAGUUUGGUGGCUGUCGACCUUAGCUCUUGCGGACAGGGUAGCUUCCUCAGCUGCAUUUCCAGUGGCGGAUCCAGGGGAGGGGCCCCCUUAUUUUUAGACCAAACUAAGGCUGGAAGGACCAAAAAAAAUUAUUUGGAGACCGGGCACUCCCUUAUCUCAGAGUCUGGAUCCGGCACUGAUUACUGUCUGCUUUCCUGGUCAUUCCUUACGAUGUUAGCACAUUCCAAGACAGCUGUUCAAAACAUCUCUGAUGACUUGCCACCACAACACUUUUAAAAACGAUGAUGAUUUUCAUUCCUUCACACAUGAAACGAAACGAAGUUUAAUUCAAAGGGUCCAACAACGUCUCAUAAUGUGCCAUUAUUCUUCUUCUGUUACUAUACGAUCGUUUUUAAGAUCAAAUAUUUAAUCAGCCAUCUUGGCUACGGAGGUAAGUCCAAGGGGGGUUGAGGAUAGGCUUUACCUCCGUCGCCAAUAUGGCCGAUGUUGAGAGUUGUGACUGACGAAACAGACAAAGUAAGGCAAGGGAAAUUUUUCUGCCUUGGUCGCAUUGUCCUUGUGGAGGGGUUACCUUAUCGCGUUCUCGGAACGCAUCCUAAGCUUGGUGUUGCUGUGGAACAAAGCCACAAAUUUUCGAGGUAUCGUGGGCGACUGCCGACUAGUGGCCCCUACUGGUUUUAUCAGGGUUGUGACUAGAAUGGACACCCCAAAGUCAGAUUGUCAUCUUCAUUCAAAAUACAUGAUAGGAGUCUUAUAAGUAGGAAAUAAGAGAAGAAAGAAAACAGGAGAAAACAACAGAUAGUGUGUAGGACUUGAACCCGCGUCAUUUGAUGUAUAACUACCCAUCCGUAUCCACUAUCUACACCAUCAGGGGCUAACUGGCGACACCGGUUAAUUUUAACGUACUUUACAUGGCGUUAAUCAUUACAUUAUUGAAAGCUAACCGUUUUUAAAACAGUGCUUAACCCUAAUCAUUGUACUUUGGAGCUAAACCGUGUAUUCAACUCUUUUCUUUGCACAACUGUCUCUUACUCUGAUUUCCCCACUUUUCUAAAAGUUCUCGUGCCCAUUAAAUUCGCCUAAAUAUAGUACUAGACUGGUGUAGAGUAUAGCUUUCUGUAAUAAACAUAAGGUGUCCAACCUGAUUUUGAGGUAUUCAUUCUAGUCACAACCGUUUUAUCAGGGGCAUUUCGUUUACCUUAUCACGUUCGUCAGAACGCAUCCUAAGCUUGGUUGUCCUGUGGUACAAAGCAACAAAUUUUCGAGGUAUCGUGGGUGACUGCCGUUUCCGCAAGUGACGAAUGCGGAUCCGUCAAGAAUCAACGAUUACGUCUAGUUUUGACUGUUUUGGCAGUUAGAGAGUAAUUUAGCGGCCAUUUUAGUUGCGAUUUCCAUCGUCAACUGGUGGUCUGCUAAGAUGCUUCACUGUAGUAAUCUAUCAUAAUUUUUAUUCGUGGUAUAAUUUCUCUUAUAAUCAGCGUUCGUCUUUUAUUGAAGAGCAUUAAAGCUAGUGUUUUUAGUUGGCACGAAAAAUGUCCUAAAAGGUCGUCAAGUCGUACAUUUUAAAAGGCACCAAUGUUUCCGGGGUCUGAGGUUUUGUUCUUUUUUUUUGUAGUGGCUCCCUCGCUGGAAGAAGAUCAACGUCGAGCCAUUAAAAUAAGAGAAGAAAAGACGCUACAGAGUUACACAGAAAAACUGGGUGAACAUCCCUUUACUGUCACUAUCUAUAACAACAUUUCAAACAACUUUUGUGCUCUGGGUGAAUUUGAUCAAGCCAAACCAUAUUCCGAGCAUGCCUUAAAGAUACGGCGCAAGUUGCUGAAUGAUCACAUGGACACUGCAAAGUCCUUGUUUGACCUUGGGAUGGUGCAUAAAGAAAAGGGGGACUUCAGCAGGCAAUUACUUACCUUUAACAAAGCAUAA